AAAUGAACCUGAGGAUUUGGGCAUUUACAUGACGAUGCACUUCUUCUCCUCUGGGGGCGCGUUUCCAUCCGCCUUCUCCAUCUCUAAAAUAAUCCGUUUGAAAACCUCCACUGCAGUCUGCAUCAAUGACAACAGCAAAGGAUAAUCGGGAAACUAGCGGAAACUCCUGGGAAAUGUUGUCGUCAAAAACUGACAGAUGAAAUUUUGGAAAAGUCUCUUCUAAAAAGGCGGCCGAGGCUAAACGAAGAUAAUACACCCAUGUGAACAUCUCAUCUCUUUAAAUAAAAGUAAUCUACCUAGUAUGGACACUGAUGGCUGCAAUGGACAAUCUUUUACAUCAGGUGGAGAUUCUUCAAUUGAAAGAGAUUUUUCUGAGGCCCUUGGAGGUCCAACUGUAAGCACACCCAACAGCAAAGAAACAUCUCCUUCUCGCUCCCACAGUGUUAAAUCAAACUCAAUUAAGGUGGAAUUGUACAGUGAUGAAGAGCAGGGCCGCUUUACAGAGGAUGAGAGAGGAGAGAGAAUCGAGGAGGGGAUCGUAGAACCAGGUGCUGAAGCUAUUGGAAUUUACAGAGAACUCCCCAACACUGAUACUGUACCGUCCGAAGCCAUUCGCCUGCCCAACGGAAAACUCAAGUGUGAUAUUUGUGGCAUGAUUUGUAUCGGGCCUAAUGUCCUUAUGGUGCAUAAACGCAGUCAUACGGGUGAGCGGCCUUUCCAGUGUAAUCAAUGCGGGGCCUCGUUUACCCAAAAGGGCAAUCUUCUGCGUCAUAUCAAGCUUCACUCUGGUGAAAAGCCUUUUAAAUGUCCUUUCUGCAGUUACGCCUGUCGGAGACGCGAUGCACUCACUGGACACUUAAGAACUCAUGCAGUGUCAUCCCCUUCUGUUGGGAAGCCAUACAAAUGCAGUUAUUGUGGACGUAGUUACAAACAGCAGAGUGCACUGGAGGAGCAUCAUGAACGCUGCCACAGCUACUUACAGAGUGUGGACCCACAGCAGCAAACCAAGGCUCUGAACCAAGGUGAGGAUGUUAAGGAGUUGGAGAUUAUUCCAGACUCUUUGUUGCAACCGUCCUCAGAGAAAAUGGCUUUCAUUGAUCGUCUCGCCAACAGCAUCACCAAGCGCAAAAGAUCCACACCACAAAAGUUCUUAGGACAGAAGCAGAUUCGCCUCAACUUCACAGACACACCUUAUGAGCUCAGCGCUGGUUUCAGCAAAGAAGGUGAGAUACACACUGUGGACCUUGAAGCCCCACACUUCACAGGUGUGAAAGGAGAGUAUAAAGGAGGCACAGGACGGCCGUUCUAUUUACCCACCAAUCAACAACUCACUGAGGUCAGACCGAUCCACAGCACUGCUCCUUUAGCUCUGGGACCCAGACUAGACUGCACCGGGCUGGGAACUGUUAUUGAAACGGGUCGUGAGGCGGGAGAGGGUCACGAGGAUCUACCUGCCGCUCGAAGCCACGCCCCAUCGCCUAGCAACGGUUGCCUGGACUCCACAGAUACCGAAAGCAUGCCGGACGAACCAUGCAACAGCACUGCCCCGACGGCACAGAACCACAACCUCCAUCAUCUCGUCCAUUUUAAUCACAACCAAGUGUCGAAUCCUGUCAAGCUUAUCCGCACCAAAGAGGAAGAUAAAGAAGAUAUUGGACAUAUUGCUCAAGCCUCUACCCAUGUCCCGACUUCUAGCUCGCCCACAACUCCCUCCUCCACUUCCAGGGAAACUUUCCGGGUUGUGGAUGGCGAAGGAAGAGCCAUAAAGUCUUUCCGUUGUGACCAUUGCCGUCUGCUCUUCCUAGAUCACGUUAUGUUCACCAUCCACAUGGGUUGCCACGGUUUCAGGCAGCCUUUCGAAUGCAACAUUUGCGGGCACCGGAGUCAAGACCGAUACGAGUUUUCUUCUCACAUCGUCCGAGGGGAACACAUUGUCGACAGUUGAAGUGGAGAAAGAUUUUAUGUGACUAUUAUAGAAUUAAAAUGGAGCCGAAACCUGCCUAAGUUUGGUUUGCACAGAUAAAAGUGAAUGGCAUGCACUAUUUAUUGUUAUGCACUGGCCAGUUUGUUAGGUACACAUGUUUUAAUGCUUUCAAAUGAAGUAACUUAACACUAGAAAGGCAUUGAAUUGAAUAUUGUCUCUUUUUGGUCCCUCCUCUAUAAUCAGUAGAUAUGGGUAGUGGUUAUGGGUUGAAAUUUGUUAUGCAGUUUCUAUGCAGACCAGUUAAUGUCAUGUCAGAAGUAGUUAUAUAGUGUAUAUUAUUGAACUAAAAAUACUGAGUCAUCCCUACUUAUUUUACAGACUACUAGAUAUCAGGAUGUAAAGGUAUUCCCAAAUUGUACCUAAUAAUUUGGCCAGUGUGUCCGGGUACCCUUAGCCUAAAAAACUUUUAUAUUUAAUGCUUGAAUGAACUUAUAAUUUAUAGUUAUAGCACUUUAAAUCAUUGCGGUAGUUAGAUGAAGAGUUAUUGCACUUCUUCUUGCUCUUUCCUCAAUGUGCCUUGCUCAAAAACUACAAACCUUGUACCUGAUUAACUAGUUUUAACCUACCUUUGACUGUUCCAUAAUCCAUAACUCUUUGCACUUUACUAAACCAUAAAAUCAUGAAUUCCCAUUUCCCUGUAACAGAAUCUUUAGAAGUCUUAAUGCCUUGUUCUGAAAGCACCUUUUCCUCAAUUCUGUGAAGUAUUUAACACAUUUUUGUGCACAAAUAUUGAAAAGCUUUAUUUAAUGAACUGUAGUGCAGACCAAACUUAAAGGCGGUAGUGUUGGUGAAGCGAUCCACUGAAAAUGCACUUUUAACCAACUGAAUUUCUAAAUGUUGCUUUAUUGUGAUUCAUUUGAAGUACAGAUUUUAAGGCCUUUAUGUGUGAGAAUGCUGUGUUUUAGCAAAAAUAUUGUUGUUUACUAUAAAUGCUUUUGUUGCACUGAUAACCUGCCAGAAAAUUAAUAUGAAAUUAUUAAAAUGUUUUGUAGAAUAUCUGAUUUGCAAUUCUCUCUUAAAUAAGUUUAAAACUUGUACAUGUUUUCUUAGUUUGAAUUUCACUGCCACCCACCUGGAUCUUUUUAAUUGUGAUUUUCUCUAGAAGUACACUAAAAUUCAGUAGCAAUCACUACUACACUUAUUUCCCUACAAUUAAGAUAUUUAAGUAACCUAAUUUGUAUUUUUCCACUAUAUUAAAAUUAUUACAUGGUUAUGGUAUGGUGCCAACUUGCAAAGUGACUUUUGAGUGGUAUGGUAAUUAAAACAUUAUCCAGAGGCUUUAAAUACAUUGAUUUCAAAUUGGCACUAAUCAUUCAACAUUUUAAAUGACUGUAAAACUACUACUGCAAAAUCACUUACUGUACAACCUGCUAAAACUGGUUUGUUGCCCCAAGCCAGUUUAUAGAUCUCAGAUAUAUUGAAAACAACUAACAUUUGGAAAUUAUUUGCAUAUUUGGUUUAACAUAAAUCUUAAAUUAUACUAAACCAUAACUCAAGGGUUGUAAUCUUAUUUGCUCUGACUCUGAAUCCAGACUCUGGCUCCCACCUAUAGACCUAUCUGUACCUUAAAAUAGCUACUCCGAUACAAACAAUCCCUGCAAUUUUUACUAGAGUUUUCAUCACAGUCUCAAUUUUGCCUUUCUCUAUAAACAUGAAAUAGUCCAUUUGCACAUAUCCAACUUCCUUUAGUUACAAUUUGAGUAAUUUUAUUCUGAGCCAAAGGGUAGCCACUGAAUUUCAAGUGGCAUAAAAUUUAAGUUUUCUUUAAGUGUAAAUGCUACUGCAGCGCAAAUGUAUUUUGAAAACGUUAUGGCUGUUGUAAAUAAUUGCCAGAUUAAUUUUGCUAUUUGAGAAUAAAUGUAAUUUAACAUUUA